AUGCGCACAAGUGACAUAGUGAUUGGUGUGAUCUUCUUGUCGCAGACUGUGGUUGGAGUCCUGGGCAACUCCUUCUUAGUCUACCAUUAUCUUUUGCUUUAUUUCAUGGGAUGCAGCCUGAGAUUCACAGACUGGAUUCUGCAGCACUUGAUUGUAGCCAACUUCUUAACUCUGCUGUGUAAAGGAGUUCCCAACACAGUGUCAGCUUUUGAGGUUAAAGACUUCCUCAAUGAUUUUGGGUGCAAACUGAUCUUCUACCUUCACAGAGUAGGGAGGGGUGUGUCCAUCAGCAGCACCUGCUAUUUGAGUGUCUUCCAGGCCAUAACCAUCAGCCCAAAGAGCUCCAGAUGGACACAGCUCAAAGUCAGAUCUCGCAGUUACAUUUCCUCUGCUGUGUACAUGAGCUGGAUCCUGUCCUUCAUAGUAAACAUUGAUUUUCCUAUGUAUAUGACUGCAAUAUGGAACCAUAAGAACAUGACAAAUAUAAGAGUGUAUCAAUACUGUUCUUCUGUUACUCAUGACAUGGCCCUUGACAUUUUCUAUGCAGUAUUACACUCUACUCCUGAUGUGAUGUUCAUGUUGAUGAUGGUUUGGUCCAGUGGCUACAUGGUUUGCAUCCUCUACAGGCACAAGAAGAGAAUGAAGCGCAUUCAUAAGAGCAACUUCUCUUUCAGGUCCUCCCCUGAGUUCAGAGCCACAAAGACUAUUCUGCUCUUGGUGAGCACCUUUGUCUUUUUUUACACAAUUUCUUGCCUCUUACAAAUAAAUAUGUCUGUUACACGUGAUCCAGAUUCUUUCAUGGUGCACAUGGCUUCAGUGUUCUCUGCAUGUUUUCCAACUGUGAGUCCUUUUCUGGUGAUCAGCCAUUAA